AUGAUUGCAGACCUGCUUAUUCAUCAGGUUCCAGAAAAUGUGAAUAACAAAACCCCCAUUGCUGUUCCAAUAAAAGCCCCCUCGCAGCUCCAGGUCGUUGGACAGAAACCCACACACAUCAAACAUGGGCAAGAUCAUUUCUACGAGGACAGGAACUUCCAGGGCCGCUCUUAUGAGACCAGCCAGGACUGCGCUGACAUUUCCUCCUACAUGUCCCGCUGCCAGUCCUGCAGGGUGGAGAGCAGCUGCUUCAUGGCGUACGAGCUCCCCAACUUCAUGAGAAUCCAGCUCUUCCUGAGGAGGGAAGAGUACUCAGACUACAUGCAUAUGGGAAUGAGUGACUCGGUCCUCUCUUGCCAUAUGAUCCCUCAGCACAGAGGAUCCUUCAGGAUGAGAGUCUACGAGAAGGAGAACUUCAGAGGUCAGAUGCACAAGAUGAUGGAGGAUUGUGACUCCAUCCAUGACCGUUACCGCAUGGCCAACUGCCAGUCUACCCAGGUCAUGGAGGGACACUGGCUGAUGUACGAGCAGCCCCACUUCAGAGGCAGGAUGAUUUACAUGAUGCCCGGAGAGUACAGAAACCUCAGGGAGAUGGGAGAUGCAUCAUGGAAUCCUGUUAGGGUAGCCUAG